AUGGCCUCCCCGCAGUAUUCCGGCCUCCAAAAGGAGCUGGCCACCAUUGUGUGCAAAUACACAGCUAUUGAUUCCAUGAGAGCUGAUGUGGCUGAACUAGCUAAAUCUCCAGAGUAUCUUGGUUUGUUCCAGGAUGUGCUAGUCAACCACAUCUCCAUGCUUAAGACGCGUCCGCAGGCACUUGAGGAUGGAAAGAUCACCUUGUAUGACAAGGCAUUGUUGAUUCUCACAAGCAAUGGCAAGAAUCUGCACAACUUGGGCGCGAUUGAGCUUUUCCUUGAUGAGAUUCUUGGUGUGAAGCAGGAUAGAGAGGUGGAAACUAUUGAGGCAAUCUUUGAAAAGAACAUUGCACUCAGGUCUAUGGUUUGGCAUGUCACCAACCAGAAAACGGAACACCCGUCGGAAGAGCAUGUCAACGAGGACAGGGACGAAACAAUGAUUGAUUUACCAAUCAGGACCACGGCCAAAAAGCCGGAUUGGCGAACUGAGGGUAGAAAACCGCGCCAGGUAGCCAUAGACCGCGGCGCCGCUAUUUCCAAGAUGCUCGACACGCUUGAACAAGCAGAAGAUGAGUUCCACUCAAUCAACGAAAGCCAGAGAGGCGCGAAAUACCUCGCUGCAAAGUUUCUGCGGGAUACGGCCGAAAACACCCUGGCGUACUUCAAGGCAAACGGUCUCGGGGGCCAUAGGAUGAUCCCUCGCAUCGAGGCAGCGUACAAGCUUGGAUAUAAGAAGGCCAUGGUGGAAACCGGAGGGAGAGCUCGUCCAUUCGAGAUGAACUCGGAUGAAUACUGCUUCCGUGCACGGCAGUUGCGUGACGCCCGUCCCAACUAUGGUCGCGCUGACUGCUACCGACCGGGAGAAGCCUUCUCUCUCUCUCCUCCCCGUCGGCCUGGUCCAGGACGCUUUCGGGUGCAUGAUGUGCUGACCAUGAAGCAAACCGGUCCCAGCCCAGCCCUGCCCUCUGGCGAUGGUGAACGCCAUCUGCACCCACGCGACCCAGAUACCCCAUCGUCAGUCGAUCCGUUGACGCCGGACUCGAGUCACUCUGGUUCUGAUGAUGGGCGGAUAGCGAGAAUUGCCAUCGGCCGGCGCCAAACCCCCAGGAAACUUCAGACAGACCUUCGGGAGGAAGGAGAACGGGAACUCUCCUCGCCUGGCUCCCUUGAAUCUUCAACCCCACGACAUGGCGAACGGCGCUUUAGAGAUGAUACAGACGAAGAGGAGCGGCUGGCAGUCCCGUACUCCAGAGCUUACACGGCGGAAGAAGAGAGAAGAGUGGUGAUGAAGUUUGACAGGCGGCUGACUCUACUCAUGGCCUUCCUUUACAUGCUCUCCUUUUUAGAUCGUUCAAAUAUCGGAAAUGCCAAAAUCGCCGGGAUGAUGAACGACCUGAAUCUCUCCUCAUCGCAGUACCAAUGGGUACUCACCGCAUUCUACAUAACAUACAUCCUGUUUGAAUGGAUGACUUUGAUGUAUAAGCUCGUCCCGGCGCAUAUCUACAUUCCCCUGUGCGUUCUGGGCUGGGGCUUGAUCGCAUCAUUCCAGUCCCUUGUUACAUCCUUCUCGGCCCUAGUCGUGCUCAGAGCUCUGCUCGGCGUGUUCGAAGCCGGAUUUGGGCCCGGCCUACCUUUUUACCUGUCCUUCUUCUAUAAACGUGAAGAACUGGCGUUCCGUACGGGGAUGUUCCUCUGCGCCGCGCCUCUGGCAACAUCCUUUGCGGGCACGCUAGCAUGGUUUAUCGUCUGGUUGAACAAAAACGGCCCACUUGCGCCAUGGCGGGCGCUCUUUUUGUUCGAAGGCUUCCCCAGCGUGGUGGUGGCCUCCAUCGUCUGGGCUUAUAUUCCAGAUCGGCCCAGCAAAGCUAGAUAUCUAACACCUCGCGAGAGGAAAGUUGCGAAAUGGCGGCUUCGUGACGGUCAGGGGAUGAGUCGAAAACAAGAGCUCAAUGCUCGCAAAUUCGAUUGGCGCGAAGUCGCUAGAACGUUGUGCGAUCCCAAAGCAUAUCUCACUGCGUUCAUGUUUUUCAGCUGCAAUGUUGCAUUCAGCUCCCUGCCCGUUUUCUUGCCAACCAUAUUGAAUGAUAUGGGCUACUCCACAUUAACCUCCCAGGCCCUCUCCGCUCCGCCGUACCUAUUUGCAUUCAUAAUCGUUCUCCUCACAGCCUCUAUUUCCGACCGCAACCGUAGCCGUAGUCCAUUCAUCAUCCUACAUGCGGUUAUCUCCUCCCUUGCUUAUCUUAUUAUCGCUCUAACUGGCCUCUUCCAUGCCUAUCUCCCCGAACCAGUCCACAUUCUCAUUCGGUACAUAUGCAUCUACCCUGCCGCAGCCGGCUUCUUCUCCGCCAUCACUCUCAUAAUCACCUGGACUAUGGAUAACCAGCGCGCCAAGGAAGGAAAGGGAACCGGAAUGGCAAUUCUAAACGUGAUCGGCCAAUGCGGGCCAUUAGUGGGAACCAGAUUAUAUCCAGCAAGUGACAGCCCGUGGUACGCUCGCGGAAUGGCACUGUGCUCGAUGUUUAUGGUGUUUGUGGCAAUAUUGGCUUUCGCAUUGCGAGUGUUGCUGCAGAGGGAAAAUGCGAGGCCAGUCACAGAGGCGGCGGAGCACCGCGGAGAAGAAGAGGUUGUUGCAGCGGGAGAAACCCAAGGACUGAUGGAAUCCAGCUCUUCUUCUUCUGCUUUGGGAAAGGCAGGAGUGGAAAAGACUGGCAACGGGAGGUUUGUCUACAUCAUUUGA